AUGGCGGUCGCCUUUGGCUUCAAAGGCUGCCGAAAAAUAGGCGGUGCGCAGAUACGAGCUCUCCUGGAGGCCAAGGAGUUCUUCUUGUUCGACUGCGACGGAGUCCUGUGGCACGGCGAGAAGGCCGUGGCGGGCGCGGCCCAGGUGGUCAACUCGCUCAUGAAGCAGGGUAAAAACGUGGUGUUCGUCACCAACAACUCGACCAGGCCGCGCGAGAAAUACCUGCACAAGUUCUACCGGCUAGGCUUCACCGCCGUCGCGCUGGAGCACAUCUUCAGCUCGUCUUACUGCUCGGCCCUCUACCUGCGGGACGUGGCCAAGCUCCGAGGACAGGUUUUCGUGGUCGGCUGCGACGGGCUACGGGACGAGCUGCGGGAGGCCGGAAUCCCCUGCGUGGAGGAGGCGGACGAGCCGGGCGCCACCAUUUACGACUGCGCUCUGGCCGCCGACGUCAAGGCGGUGCUGGUGGGCCACGACGACCGACUGACUUUCCUCAAGCUGGCCAAGGCGUCUUGCUACCUUAAGGACCCGGAGUGCUUGUUUCUGGCCACCGACAACGACCCCUGGCACCCGCUGUCGAGCGGAAGGAUACUGCCAGGUUCUGGAUCCCUCAUGGCAGCCCUGGAGGUGGCCUCAGGCCGCAAGGCUACGGUGAUUGGCAAGCCGAGCCGCUUUAUGUUCGAGUGCAUCUCCAGCCAAUUCCCGGGCGUGGACCCGACCCAGUGCCUCAUGGUGGGCGACCGCCUGGAGACAGAUAUGCUUUUCGGCUCUAACUGCGGCUUGGACACCAUGCUCACCCUCACCGGAGUGUCUCAGAUGGAGGAGGCCAACCAGUACGGCAAUAGCGAGGUGUCCGCCCAUCAGAGCCUCGUGCCGGACUAUGUCGUGGACACCAUCGCAGACUUCUUGCCUGCUUUUGAAGAACUGGAGGAGCAGAGCAACUGA